CUAAGUUGCCUCGGUCCCGGCGCGUGCACAUCUGCCGACCCAGUCUCCGCACUCAGACAGCCUCACUUUUGCUUCUUCGCCCUCCGGUGCCCCGUGGAGCCCGCUCCUGUCCUCCCCUCGACGUGCUAUCCUGCGCCCGCAACCAUGUGCCGCACCCUGACCACCUUCCCCAACUCCUGCCUGGAGAGAGCCAAAGAGUUCAAGACGCGCCUGGGGAUCUUUCUUCAUAAAUCAGAGCUGAGCUCCGAUACCGGGGGUAUUGGCAAAUUCGAGUGGGCCAGUAAACAUAGCAAAGAGAGAAGCUUCUCGGAAGAUGUUCUGGGAUGGAGAGAGUCCUUCGAUUUGUUGCUGAGCAGCAAGAAUGGAGUGGCUGCCUUCCAUGCCUUUCUGAAGACGGAGUUCAGUGAGGAGAACCUGGAGUUCUGGCUGGCCUGCGAGGAGUUCAAGAAGAUCCGAUCAACCACCAAACUGGCCACUAGGGCUCACCGAAUCUUUGACGAGUACAUUCGAAGUGAAGCCCCUAAAGAGGUGAACAUAGACCACGAGACCCGAGAGCUGACAAGGACAAAUCUGCAGGCAGCCACUGCCAGCUGCUUCAACGAGGCUCAGGAGAAGACCCGCACCCUGAUGGAAAAGGACUCCUAUCCGCGUUUCCUCAAGUCACCUGCUUACCGGGACCUGGCUGCCCAAGCCUCGGCCACCUCCUCCACCUCUUCUUGCUGCUGCAGCCCCGAUGAGCCUUCACACACUUGAGCUUCCACAGGAGCGAAGAAGUCAGCAGGAAGAGAGGUGGAGUCGCCCGUCCCUGAAGCAGCUGCCCUGUGUGGGAGGCAGGUUCUGCCCAACAAGUGCGAGAGGACAGUGAAGGGAACACACAUUCCCGAGGCAUCCUGGGUGUGAAGAACUCCCUCUCCUCAGAUACUGUGGUGGGCUUAAGUGUGGGAGAGGCUCCUUGAUUCCAGGACCUGUGGCUGACAAAGAGGCUGUGUGGGGAGCUCUGGGGAAGGCACAGCAGCUAUGUUCAUCCCACCAAGGCACGAAGGAAUGCUGGGUGGUUGGGAACCUUGAGACUAGGAGCUGGAGAGAACCAUAGCAGCUGUUCGCCUGCCAGACAGUUGGCUUUGGUCACAUCUUGGUUUCCUCAUUCCUGGCCUGGGCCUAGAAAAAGCUGUGAAUGUGGAACCUUCCUCUUCUGUGCUUGCCUUCCCAGAGAUACCAGGGGUUCCCUAGCUUAGGCUUCUUAACAUUCCUGGGUUCAUUCUUACAGUCUCAUGGGGGUCAAUGAGUCCCUAUGAUUCUUGCCCCAAAUGAGAUUUUUAUACCUCAAAAACUGACCUGUGAGCCCCUUUCCCGGUCAGCAAUGAACCCUGAAAAAGAAGCCACUUUUGCUCGUGUGACCCUAGACUGGGUGCUCUUGGUGGCCUUUUGUCGGUGGCCCCCUGUCCUUAACAUUUGCAGCAGGGUCCACCUGUGAACAGGGCUAACUGGGAGGGAGGCCUUACCGAGCCCUGCAUGGCCUUGGAAGAUGAGGUCUGAGGGGCGGGAGGUGGGUGGAAGGAGGCUUCAGGCACGCAUGCCCAGGAACUGAGUGAGUGAAAAAAAGAGCCAUAGAAAAUCCCAUCUGUGGGAGGAGCCUAACCCUCUAGCUGAAAUCAAGUCAGCUCUCUUGGUGGAUAUGAGACUGGGAUCAAGAGAUGCCCCCUGUUGGAAAGGGAACCUUGUGUUUCUUUCCUGUAGACAGGAGAUGCCCACUGCAGUUAGGGGAGAGGUAGUCCAGGGACCACCAUAGCUCUGGAUAAGAAGCUGGAAGUGCAGCCAGGGAGUAUCAGGGGCUGCCUGGAAGGGUAGGGGGUGGGGAAAUCAACCCACCCACCACCUCUGGGUCUUACUGGACAAACAUUCUAAGUCGGGACUUCCUGCACCAGAGACCAAAAUGGCAGUGGAGCCCCAGGUUGCUAACAUUGUUCUCUCUGCACUUGAGGCUUCUCCAGGAGAAAAUUAUUUAAGUCUAAUAUAUUGUUACAUUGUGUUGUGCUGAUUGUCUCAGCUUUUGUUGCCCUUGUUAUUUAUUGUGGUUUGUUUGCCUCUACUGGAGAAACUCAGCAGGAGCUGCUUGCCCGGCUGUGCCUCCUCCCUCACCGGACUCUACCUCUGCAAGCCUUGGGAACCACUGAGGGCUGUUGGGGAAACACCCCACUGUUUUAAUAUUUAUUUAUUGUUAACAAAGGGAGCUGGGUUCCUUUAUCAGUGUUGUAUGCAACCCCUGUUUUUCUGUUUGAGUGUGUUAUAUUCUUGUAAGAAAUGAAAAUAAAACACAAGUAUACCAUCCUG